AAAGAAACCGCAGGACAAUGUUCCGGAGUCUCCAUCAGCACCACAUUAUCAGUCAGAUAUUAAGCAGCUUCAGGAGUUGCAGACUUUGGACAAACUUGUUGGACAUCCGCCACAAGAGAAGGCUGAUGUAGCCGUGUUAAUGAUCGAAUCACUUAUUACCACAUUUAAACAAUACAAUGAAAGGAAAGAUCUUCAAGGACAUCAGAGACCUCAUUUUUGAUCUCAGCGAUACGGAAUGGAGUGCUGUGACCAGAGACCUUUCCUCCAAUUACACCAAAUUGGAAAUGAUCCUCCUGUUCUCGGCGAUGGUAAAAAUCUUGUCAACUCAAGUUAUUGAAUGCGUCCUGCCAACGGUCAUCGAUGAUGUAGGCAUAGAACCAGUUCUCCGGGCGGAAAUAAAACUAAGAGAAAAAGCUAAACAGGACCUUGCUAUGUCCCAAGGAUCACUAGAGGAUCCAUGUGACUGUCUAUGCAGCUUCAUCGAAGGAGUUUUGACCCAAAUCAAAAAAGCGUUCAAACAGGCAUUUAUGCAGUUUACCUCUACAAAAGCUCCAGCUAAAAGUAAAAGGUCUAAAAAGGUGAAGAAAAACUUUGAUUCUGCACGACAAUCAUCAAGUGACAGCUUCCAAAUUGAUGAGCUUACAGACAUGUACACAAAGGCCAUAAUCAGCGAGUUAAUACAAUUUAGCUGUCCAGAAAUUUCUUAUUUAGUGCCAAAAGGCAGAAAACCUGACAAGCCUGUAGCAUUAAACCGAUUUAUAAGUGCCAUCAUGAAGACAAUGAAAUACGUUGGGAAAGGUCUUGGAUGUUCUUCCACAAGCAAUGAUAAGGAGAGUCCGACUUCUGAUAGGAGUGAAAAGAGAAUUUUCGGUGAGCAGUUUAGAAACAAGGCAGUACUCACUAUAAGCAGUAUCCUACUUGAGGCAAAGGAAGAAGUCAUUUCAGCAGGGUCACCAAACUCAAACAAUGGUCCAUUUGUCGGCCCCUUAGGUGAAAUGACAAUCACCGAAUCAUCAGUCCGUGUGUGGCCAACAGCUUCAAAAAUUACAAAGAUGUUUUUGAAAAGUUUAAAAACCCAGUCUGUUCAGACAAAUUCUGAUUCAAGCAAACUCCGUUUUUCACUAAACAGUUAUUUCCCAGCUGCCAAUGAAACCUAUACGUGUUUAGAGAAGGAGGUGAAUUCAUUUCUUUUGAAGGUCCAAAAGUCAGCUUUCCCAGAAAAAGAGCUUAAUGAAAAAUCUGUAGAAAGCAUGCACCAAGAGUCAGGAAAUAGUGAUGCUUCUUCAUCAAGACUUUCAUCUGUACAUGAAAAUCCAUCCAUGAUGAACAUUCUGAAAUGCAGCAGCACUACUAUUUGUGAAAAGGAACUACUUUUUAUCGACAAGUGCACAGACGAAGUGAUCUGCAAAAUUUUGUCAGUGUACAAGGCGCAAAAACAAAAACUGUCCUCUGAUCACUUCCAGUCUACAUGCGCUCAGUUAGUGUGUGAUCUCCUUACUAGAAAAUUGCGAAUGCCCCAUACUGGAAGAAAAAACAGUAAAACUGUGAGGUCCCCCUCUUCAGAUGAGCCUCACAGAGGACUAUCAUGUAACCAGAUAAAAUAUCUGGAAUCUGCAGCUUUGGAAAUUACACAGUCUUUUUCAAAAGAUUUAGGGGAAUGUUUAGAGGCCUUACCUGGGGAUGAAGGUCAAAACUGCCUGGGCAACAAAAGUGCUUUGGAUUAUGCAAAUGUGUUUGCUCCUUUUCGUUUGUUUAGGAAUGUGAGAGAUCAGAUCAAGAACAUUUUCUCUACUGUAAAUGAAGCCAGACAGUCAAACCUAAGCAUUGGGACAACUGAGGUCUCAAUCAAAGAAGAUGAUGCUGUUGGUCAGAAAUCUUCCUCUGAUCACGAAAGUUUCUCCCAUGCCUUCAUCCAACAGCAGUUUCGAAGACCAAACUCAGCCAUAAACCAGCUGAAGGGUGUUCUGUGUACUAACCCUACCAUGUUGCAUCUGCAUGAUCUCCACUUUACAAAUGCAGUCUCAACCCUUCUGAGUAAUAUGAUCGGAGCGAUAAGUAGCUUAAGGAGGUUUUCUAAUUCGAUUCAAAAGAAUGCAUCUUCAAAAAGUAGCACUGAAUGUUUUCCUGUAGUAGUCCACAACCUUGUCCUGGAAUUUAUUAAACAUGUAGCUUGUUAUUUUGGAAGCACAAUUUCAACGUUUUCCUAUUUGCCUGCUCAGAAAGAGAGGCUAACUUGCUGUAAGGGGAAAUUAAAAACAGACUCUGCGCGAGCCAUUAUGAUUUCACUUACAGAUUUGACAAAUGGUCUUACAUAUUUCAUGACCGAAUUUACAAACUCAUUGGCCACGACCACAAGAAGGACUCGAAAUGCUGACAGUCAGGAAGGACAAUCCAGUUCCUUGGAUAACGAGUGCUCUGGAUCAAGUCUUCAACCUCCUGCUGCAAAAAGAAGACGAGGAGGAGAACCACCAAAAACUCAAGUAAGGAGUCAAAAGACCCGAGCUGCCUUUAGGAAAUAGAGUCUGUUAAUAAAAUAAAUGCUUUCACCCUGAGCACUCAUUUUUCACUCACAGCUGUCUGUGCAUGCGUUUAUGGAAUUUUGUGGGCAUCACAAAAUGCAAAUGAGCUGUGUUGGGGUAAUAAUGAUUCCUUAAGAGAGACAGUUGGCUGUUAUCUGAGCAGGGAUUUUGCAGUUGUUUUCGGCUCACCUUCAUACGCUGUUAAACAUGAGACAAUGGCUCUGUGCAUCUUUAACAUGAAGAGUUACCAGCCAAUCACAAAUUGGCAAACAGAACCUCAGAUUAAAGCCAUUAUGAAGGCUUUACAGAUCAUGAGAAGAAAACAAAGCCAAAGACCCAAUUCAGCACCAUGACCGUCUCUGGCACACAAAAUAAGGGUGAAAUGCCCUUACCUCCAGAUUCCCAAGAGGACAGCAGAGCAAGAAGAAUGCCCAUGACUGUUCACCAACAAUGUGCAUACUUUACUUUCACUAGUAAGGAAGCUAAAGUCUACAGACAUCUAAAGAAGGGAAUUCUAACCCUCAUGGCUCUUCAGGUCACUGGAUGAAGUCGUCCUCGACUGGUUCCUUUGCUUUUGGUAUUAGUGCUCCCACCUUUCUGCGGGACGUGGUAGAAGCACUGGAAUGUACACUCUUGCUCACCCAUGUAAAAGAGACUGUCGAAAAGAAGCCCUCCACACAAUCCCUUCUCCUUGGCGAGAAGCUUUGCACUACCAGACUCUGCAGGAGUUCCUGAUCAAUGAGUCAAUGCCCCCCGAGCCAGCAAAGUCUGCCCGUGUCUGGGGGCUUUGGGCCAAUGACCGUAGCGAUGAUGAUGCCAACCCAGCACCCACACAAUGGGUCUGAUUUGAAGAAAAUCCACUUCCUACCCUCAUUGACACAGGGAGUGCUGUCACACUAGCUCACCCCUGGGUCACCCCAGCAAAUGUGGUUUCCACUGCCUGUUUCCAUUCUGUUCCAUUUUCUUUCCUCUUAGAGUCAAAAUUCCCCUCCAUGAAGCACACCACCAAGUUGGGGCCACCGUCAAACCUUAAAUGCCCCCCUGUGUUCUUGUCCUCAGUUUUUUCAGCUGCUGAUAUAAAAAUGUUUGUUGUUUGUUUUUGCACAAGCAAUUCCAUCACAUGCAUGUUACAGGCAUUCCUCAAUAAUGCAUGUAACAGUAGGCAUCAUCAUCAUAAACUUGAGUCAGUUGCAGAAUCUGCAGGUAAUCCUCUAGUAUCUUAUAUUAUCCUUAUGCCAAUCCUUAUGUAAUCCUUAUUACUUUACAACCAAGGAAAAAUUAUACAUGCUUUAGUUACUGUGUUUACGUUCCUGGUUGCAAUCCUACUUCAAGGCCAAGGCUACUUUAACAGUGGUUAGCUAACUAAUUCUGAAAGGAAUUCUGGAAGUUGCUGAAAGGAAAUCAGUACCUAAAAGACAUUUGCUGUAGGUGAAUGUUAAAAAUCACUUAUAAGCUACUGAACUCACUGCUGCUCUGAUUAGGUGUAAUCAUUUUGAAAGUUGUAACUGUAUUAGACAUUUAAACAUACAUGAAGGCUGGAUGCUAAUUUCUGAAAGCAUGUUAAUCUACUGUAUAUAACACUGUUUAAGAGAUGCAAACAGUUAUAAUAUAACCACAAUACUGCAGACAAAAAUAAUGCAGCAAUGCAAUCAUGAGGAAAAAUAUGCAACGAUGUAACAGUCAUGUUAGUCCUACUACAUUGGGUAAAUGAAAUAAAUAGUAUAAACUUUUAGGCAAUUAAAUUUUUAAAGAACAUUUUACCCUGGAUAAAAUCUAAUUAGGUGAAUCUAGCUAAGUUUGACUUUGAGGUCAAUCACACUGUUAUUAUAAUACAGCUAUGUUUUAUUUUAAGGAAGGUUAAAUUGGUUCAUUCAGUGUGAUAUGGUUAUGUUUAUUAUUUUUUUAAUCAUGUUGGUUCAAUAAGACAGUGAUACCUUUAGCAUAAAACUUUU